AUGCGCCGGAAUCUGAGGAGCCCACAUCUUCGGCCUGGGGCCGCUGUAUGCGUAAAAGGGGUUUUUUCAGGCUCCCUGGGGAAUCACUUAGGAAUUCGCACUGCCAGCAAACCGCUGCAGUCUGAAUGGUCUAGCGGUGGCCGCGCUUCUCAGGAAACCCCGCUGGCUGUGGCUUUGGGCUGCCAACCUGGACAACCGCAGGAAAACAGCAACAGCAGCAGCAGCAGGGGUAAUUACGAAUGCAUUGCUCCUUGUAGCAGCAACACUGCAGAAACCGCAGCUCGCAGCAACACAAGUGGAUCUUUAUGCUCUAAAGGCAUGCAGGAUAGAAGAAGACGCCGGGCUCCCCAGAGACAGGCCUCUCAGCCGGCGUGUGUUUCCGGCUUAGGAUGUUUCAGUUCAAAGCAGCCGCUUAUGGGGGUCAGCGAUGAUCCCACCCACAGCAGCCCCUGCAACGGCAACGGCAACGACAGCACCAGCAACUACAACUACAGCAGCAAUGUCAUUUUGCAUCUGCCGCAGCGGACUUGCAGCAGCAGGGCUGACGGCUCUCGAGCGUCUGGCGGCCCCCGGGGAAACGAUGACGCUUCACAGCGAUCGGCAACAGAACAGUCGCAGCACGAAAGCACCAAAAACUGCUACUUUCGUCCCUACGAAGGAGACGAAGGAGGCAGAGGAGACCCUGGAACAGCUGCAGCAACUGCAGGGACAGCUGCAGCACCUGUUGCACCAAUUGAGGGGCACGCGCUGCCGUCGGUAUUUUCUGCAUCUGCAGCGGGUUCUUUCAUUGCUACCAAAGACGAGACAAAAAGGCCACUGCUUCGCAUUAGUCCAAGGCAAAUACCUGAGGGUCCGGGAAUCGAGGGCUUGCGGCGAAAAAAGGCAGGUAGCGUUGAAGUCUCAAGAAGACCGCUGUGGAAGGAGCCUAAACAAGAAUCACGGCAGAUCAACGAUGCUUUUGUUGACGUAGGAAAGGAGGCAUACAUCAACCUUGAGCAUGCGAAGCCUCCUCAAGAUCCACCAGAGGAGGUCUUGAAGCACCAAUUAAGCAUUCAAGGCCUCCAUGGAGCCGCAGGCCCUACAUGUUGUAGCAAUCACACCAGCACCAGUGGCAGCUGCAGCUACAGCAGCAACCGCGGUUCCUGUACUCUUAAGAUGGACUUAUGCAGCUAUGAUAGCACUAGCAAAGGCAACGGCACCAGCAGCAGCAACAGUCACCAUAGCAGUAGUUUCUCUGUCUCAGGCAUAACGUAUAGGCUACCAAUCCUCGAUAGAGUGUCCGACAUUUACACUGUCUCCUCACUGCACCGUGAGCAGCUCACAGCAAGAAGAGACGACGCCGAGACCAGGCCUUUCCCACGAGUUAUGAGGCCCCUUGCGCCACCUCCAGCUGCUAUGUCUGUAGAGGCCCCUAGGCCGCCUAUCCCCAUUGGCGAACCCGGGAAACACCAUCCGAUGACCCACGGAGAUCCAAAUGCCCCUGACACCCUUGAGGUGGUUCGAGUUUCGGAGGGGGAUGAAGGGCAGCUGUUGCCUGUAAGGAAGGGCAGGCGUAGCAGUAGCUGUAGCCCCCAUAUCAGCAACAGCGCCGGCCAGUGUCGGAUAUACAGCUGCACUAGUAGUAGUAGCAGUGGCAGCAGUGUCACCAAAUGCGAAGAAACCUCCGACCCUCUACAUCACAGACCCGGAGGCAUAUACGGAGGCCUAGUGUGUUCUGGCGAAGCCAAAAUCUGCAGCAGCAGAAACAACCGUAACAGCAAUACCAACAACAACACCAAAAACAGCACCGCGAACAGCAGCAGUUCCAGCUGCCUCUGCAACCCGAGCAGCGGCGCUGCGCCUCUAGAUCCGCAUAAGCCCUUCCGUGGGUCGUGUUCCGGUAAAAUGGGAGAGGCUAUUAGCGCCUCAGACACAGUAGUAGCGAGCAGCUUGAGAGCCGCAGAUACGAUGGGACCAGCAGCAAGCGUCAAGGAGGGGAAAUGUGAGGACAUGGAUGGAGAACGGGCCCCCUCUGGUGGCCGGCAGGACCCAGUUAAAGACGACGGCGCCGAGUCCCCUGAUUGCAGCCCCAACAACAGCGAUGACGAAAGGAGCCUCAAGAAGACAGCUGCGGGGACACGAGUGAGGACAGUGGGGACCCUGAACGGCGGCACUUCCGCAUCAGUUGCCUCUACAGAAGACAUCUCUGCUGAUCUUUCAUGGCUGUAUUCUGUGACGGGCAUCCGUGACUCGUCGGAAGCCAACCUUGUCGACACAAUUGAGCUAAUAAUGGACAGGCCUUUAGGGCCGAAAACCCUGAGCGCUUUGGGGACCUUCGGCUGCCUGCGACAGCUGCGGCUAGUGCAGCAGCAGAUUACCUCCCUCGGCUUCGUUGCAGCUUGCAAAAAUCUGCAGGUGCUACAUCUUCCCGAGAACCAAAUCGAGAGCCUUGAAGGAAUUCAGAACUGCAAAUUUCUAGAAGAGGUAGAUCUGACUGGCAACCGCAUUGCAGACUUGAGCGUCCUUGCAAUGCCCCCACCUGCGCAGAGAGGGGCCCUUACGGGAACCAUUGAGGGGGGCCUGCAGCGAUCCCCUGAAGAGCAGGCUUCCCGAGGGACUCCUCAAGGUCCUCUGGAAGCGCUGCAGAGGUUGCACACGCUUCGACUGAACAGUAACCGGCUGCGGAGCCUCCGGGGCCUUGAGGGCCUCGUAAGCCUGCGGGUGUUGCAGGUGGCCGACAACGAACUGACGCAUGUUGGGGCAGCCCUCACUAACAACAGGAACCUUGAACAACUGAACGUCGCGGCGAACCAGUAA